GAGAUAAAGUUUUGGACGCUGCAGCAGCGCACAGAGACGCCCCCCAAAGAAAAAUAAAGGUAGCCCCGGAGAAAGAAGGCAGUCGUGAAUCGUGAUCCCCUGUGGUUCCUUCCGAGCAAGGGAGAAAGAAUGCAGUCGUCUCCUCCGCGUCGCCCUCCUCCAGUGUAGAAAACUGCAGCCCGUAUAGUAAGUGUCCUCGGCGCUAAGGGACGAGGAUGCAGGAGGCGGCAGCAGGCGCCUAUCCCUCCUACAUGGAGCCGGAGCCGGAGCCGGAGCAGACGGGUGCAUCGGCGACUGUGGGUGUGAUGGGCUGCCGCUCGCCCACGUGCCCGCCUUGGCUCCAAGCGGCCAUUGCAGACAUCGAUCAGCGGGUGCGCGCGCUGGCGGUGGACGAUGCCGCGCCGCCCACGGAGCACUCCUUCGCGGAGCGCGCCGAGGAGUACUACCAGAAGCGGCCGCAGCUGCUGGCCCUCCUCGCCGACCUCCACCGCCGCUACCUCUGCCUGGCCGACCGCUACUGCCACCACCAGCACAAGCGAGAGCAGCCCUCGCUGCCGGCGUCUGCCUCCUCCGACUGCGGCUCGUCCGACGUCGACGACCGCUGCUCCGACGCCGGCAGCUCGCUCUCCUUCCAGGCCCAGCACGCGCCGCCGCGGGCCGGACUCCCCGCCGACGAAGAGGAGGAGCUGCUGGUGGCGGAGCUGGUGGCCGCGUGGGUGGAGCGCGACGUGCUGGCGGACGAGGCGGCGCGGCGCGCGGCGGAGUCGGCGCGCAGGAUCCAGCUGCAGGGGAGCCUGGUGGAGGUGCUGGAGUCGGAGCGCCUGGUGCUGCUGGGCGAGAACGCGCGCCUGGGGUUCCGCGCGACGGCGGCCGAGGACGAGGCCGCGGCGGCGGCGGCCGACCUGGGCUACGCGCGCCGCCGCGCCGCCGAGAUGGCCCGCCUCGUGCUCAGGCUCCGCGAGGACCACCGCGCCUGCGUGCUGGGGCGCAGGGCCGAGGCGCUGCAGGCGCGGGUGUACGCGCUGGAGCUCCGCAACCGCGAGUGCUGCGAGGCCACGGCGGCGUGGGAGGCCGAGGUCCAGCGGCUCAGCGCAGAGAACCGACGCCUCGCGGACCAAGCCAUGAUGGCGAGGAGGAAGCGCAAGGGCGGUGGUGGUGGGUGGUGGGCGAGGGUCAGGAUGGCAGCGGCCGGGUGGACGCCGUGUGCGCCCGCGGUCACGGUCGCCGAGCAGACCAAGGGGAAGGAGGACGGCAAGUACCACCACUACGGCGGCGGAUGCUUCUGUGUCUAGACUAGGAGAUGAGACGGCGGCGGCGAUCUAGCCCUCCUUUUUGUUAGUAGUAAUUACUAUUAUAAUUCAGGACUUGGCAGGUGAAUGUGAAUGCUGCUGGGUCGGAUGCAUAAUUCUGGAGAAGACGAUGAUUGUGCUCCGCAGGCACUAGUAAAACAACAUGCAAUUCGUAUGAUCUGUUCAAUACAUUAUACCAUGGUGUUCCCGUAUUCUGUAGUACAAGAAAUUCCAAGAUCUCAAUAUAUUGCUCUUGGGAAUUUAGCACACGGUUCAAAACUUGUGAAUUUGGCCGCGUGAGGAUGUGAUGAAUGGCACUUGCUUCAGGUUGUAAUCAAUUUUCCCUAUUCA